ACAGGGCCAGCUGUUCCUGUUGGUGUGGAUGUUCAGGUGGAGAGCUUGGACAGCAUAUCAGAGGUGGACAUGGACUUUACUAUGACCCUGUAUCUGAGGCACUACUGGAAGGAUGAGAGGCUGGCCUUCCCCAGUGCCACCAACAAAAGCAUGACCUUUGAUGGGCGUCUAGUCAAGAAAAUCUGGGUCCCUGAUGUGUUCUUUGUCCACUCUAAGAGGUCUUUCAUCCAUGAUACCACCACUGACAACAUAAUGCUGCGGGUCUACCCUGAUGGUCACGUCCUCUACAGUCUGAGGGUUACAGUUACUGCUGCAUGCAACAUGGAUUUUAGUCGAUUCCCUUUGGACUCACAGACGUGCACACUGGAGCUGGAAAGCUAUGCUUACACUGAUGAGGACCUAAUGUUGUACUGGAAAAGUGGUGAUGAGUCGCUGAGCACCGACGAGAGGAUUUCUCUGUCUCAGUUCCUCAUCCAAAAGUUUCACACUACCUCCAGACUGGCUUUUUACAGCAGUACAGGAUGGUACAACCGUCUGUACAUCAACUUCACCCUACGCCGGCACAUCUUCUUCUUCCUGCUACAGACCUACUUCCCUGCCACCCUGAUGGUCAUGCUGUCCUGGGUGUCCUUCUGGAUUGACCGCAGAGCUGUCCCUGCCAGGGUUUCAUUAGGUAUCACCACUGUGCUCACCAUGUCCACCAUCAUCACUGGAGUCAAUGCCUCCAUGCCCAGGGUCUCGUACAUCAAAGCUGUGGACAUUUACCUGUGGGUCAGCUUUGUUUUUGUCUUCCUGUCUGUGCUUGAGUACGCUGCUGUCAACUAUCUGACAACAGUGAGAGACAGCAGAGACCGGAAGCUCAGAGAAAAAGCCAGAGAUCAGUUCCAGACAAUCCCCUGCACCUGUGGGAUGCCCCACACCAGGACCAUGAGGUUGGAUGGAGCAUACAGCGAGGCUGACGCUAACAGUCUGGCAGGUUACACCAUAGCUUCCAUGGCAGCUGGUAACUCAUUGGAAAAACAAGAACGAAUGGUGGUGCAUCUUUCCCUGGACAACAAGCCUACUGGGGUCAAAAAGAAGGGCCUCCGUAGAUUCCGCAUCAUCCACAAUACCCAUGCCAUUGAUACCUACUCUCGCAUGAUCUUUCCUGGUGCUUACAUCCUAUUUAACCUGAUCUACUGGUGCGUCUACUGCUGAGUGUAUGUGUUUCAGCAUAAAUUAUUGUGGUGGAAGAAGGAAGUAGACAAUAAUUUUGUUAAGCUUAGCAUUAAGAUAGCUACCAAGGUGGAGCAACACCUUUUUGUGGAUGUCUGGACCAAUUGUAGAAAAUCUGAUGAUUCUGUGAGGAUGUGAAUAUCCUCAGCUAAAGCUCAUGUGUCACCACAGGAUUUGAUAGUUUCUCAUAUUCAAAGACUUAUGUGGGCCUUGUUACAUCACAACAGUAGUCAUAACACCCAAAUGUCUUCUGAAAGAGAGUUGAUCCCAACUAGGUAUCAUGGUUUUGUAAACCUUU